GAUUUGAGGGAGAAAGCCGGAUUCCGCAAGGCUCAAUCUUUCGCUACUGCCACUUCUCCUCUGCGAAUAAUUUCGACAUUGAAUUCAAGCAUUUCUUGAUCCUUUCAUCUUCGUUUUUCUCCAUUUCUUGGAUAAUCGACGAGUUUCUUCUUCUCGGUGAGUGUCUGUUGAACAAGUUCAUGUUACUGUUGCCAAGACCAUGAUCUUUUCGAGGAUCGGAGGUUCUCUGUCUCGCUCUGCACGUUCGAGACUACGAGCUAGGAAGAAAACCUCUGAUGUGCAGAACGAAUAUUCUGGUUUUUGCAAUGGGAGGAUUCUGUCGGUGAAGGAAUCUUGUCUGGAGGCGAAGCCUUUUGGUACUCCAUGUAAUUCAAGCCUACAUGGUUGCUUAGGGCUUGCGAGGGCUUAUUUAACGUCAACUGGGGUUGCAACUUGUAAGCAGCUUGUUUCUAGAAAGCUCUUGGAGAAUGUCGAUUCUGUUCUUGCUAACCCUAGGAUUCGACGCCUGUUCUCUACCCAAGCGCCGAAGAAGCGAAACUAUGAGAAUUACUACCCAAAGGAUAAGAAGGAGAUUCCAAAAAGACAAGAGCAGAAGACAGAAUCUAAAGAAGACUCGAAUACUGGUCACGCAGAUUCUCAAGAGAACUUUACCAGGCAGUUCCAGAAUUUGAUCGCUCCUUUAAUGUUUGUUGGCUUCAUUUUUUCUUCACUUUUUAUGGCUCCUCGUGAAGAGAAGCAGAUUAGUUUUCAAGAGUUUAGAAAUAAACUUCUUGAACCAGGUUUAGUGGAUCGUAUUGAAGUUGCAAACAGAUCUAUCGCAAAAGUGUAUGUAAGGAGCUUUCCACGUAAGACAGGGCAAACAAAAGAUGAUGUUCCUCAAGUUCCCGAUUAUGGAAAGCCAGCUACAGGUAACAUUGGCCAAUAUAAAUACUAUUUCAACAUUGGAAGUGUUGACUUGUUCGAGGAGAAGCUGGAGGAAGCCCAAACUUCUUUGGGGAUCGACCCUCGUGAUUUUGUUCCAGUUGUCUAUGUCUCCCAAGUUAAUUGGUACCAGGAAUUGAUGAGGUUUGCGCCGACAGCUUUGCUUUUGGGAACCCUUUAUUUCAUGGGGAGAAGGAUGCAGGGUGGGUUAGGUGUUGGUGGCCCAGGUGGUAGAGGUGGGCGUGGGAUAUUCAACAUAGGAAAGGCACAGAUUACUAAAAUGGACAAGAAUGCCAAAAAUAAGGUUUAUUUUAAAGAUGUAGCUGGUUGUGAUGAGGCAAAGCAAGAAAUUAUGGAGUUUGUGCACUUCCUUAAGAAUCCAAAGAAAUACGAGGAGUUAGGAGCAAAAAUUCCCAAAGGUGCUCUGCUUGUUGGUCCUCCUGGUACUGGGAAAACACUCCUAGCAAAAGCAACUGCAGGUGAAUCUGAUGUGCCUUUCCUGUCCAUCUCUGGAUCAGAUUUUAUGGAAAUGUUCGUGGGGGUUGGGCCAUCAAGGGUUAGAAAUCUGUUUCAAGAGGCUAGACAAUGUGCUCCAAGUAUUGUAUUUAUUGAUGAGAUAGAUGCAAUUGGACGAGCAAGAGGGCGAGGGGGCUUUGGUGGAGGGAAUGAUGAGCGGGAAAGUACUCUUAAUCAGUUGCUGGUAGAGAUGGAUGGGUUUGGAACUACUUCUGGGGUAGUUGUACUUGCUGGUACCAACAGGCCUGAUAUCCUGGAUAAGGCUCUGUUGAGGCCUGGUCGGUUUGAUCGUCAGAUAACAAUUGACAAACCUGACAUCAAGGGACGUGACCAAAUUUUUAUAAUUUAUCUAAAGAAGUUAAAGCUUGAUCAAGAGCCAUCGUAUUAUUCACAGAGACUUGCUGCUCUAACUCCUGGAUUUGCCGGUGCAGACAUUGCAAAUGUUUGCAAUGAAGCUGCUCUAAUUGCUGCCAGAAACGAAAGUAGAGUGAUCACUAUGGAGCAUUUUGAAGGAGCUAUUGACAGAGUCAUAGGUGGUCUGGAAAAAAAGAACAAGGUGAUAAGCAAGCUUGAACGAAGGACUGUUGCAUACCAUGAAUCGGGUCAUGCUGUUGCUGGUUGGUUCUUGGAACAUGCAGAGCCCCUGCUUAAAGUUACAAUUGUCCCACGUGGUACUGCUGCUCUUGGGUUUGCUCAAUAUGUUCCCAAUGAGAAUCUUCUUAUGACAAAGGAACAACUCUUUGACGUGACAUGCAUGACCCUUGGUGGUCGAGCUGCUGAGCAGGUUCUAUUAGGGAAAAUAUCAACCGGAGCUCAGAAUGAUCUGGAGAAAGUGACCAAGAUGACUUAUGCCCAAGUUGCUGUUUAUGGUUUCAGUGACAAGGUCGGUCUUCUUUCUUUCCCACAGAGGGAUGAGGCGUUCGAGAUGUCCAAGCCCUACAGCAGCAAGACUGGUGCAAUUAUAGACAGUGAAGUUAGAGAAUGGGUGACUAAGGCAUAUGAACACACAAUUCAGUUGAUAGAGAAGCACAAAGAACACGUAGCUAAGAUUGCUGAGAUGUUGCUUGAAAAGGAAGUCUUACAUCAAGACGACUUGAUCCGUGUGUUAGGGGAGCGCCCAUUUAAGUCAUCUGAACCCACAAAUUAUGACAGAUUCAAACAAGGUUUCAGAGAUAAAGCCGAUGGAGCUCAAGAGAGAACAGAAAGUGGAAGCGCUGGGAAUACAUCACAACCAGCCUUGGAAACAGAUAUAGUACCUACAUUAUGACACAAAAUCGUGUAGCAACGUUAGGAUUUGGUUCGUGAUCCAAGUGCCUGCAAUCUCAUCGCCUCGACAUCGUUCUUUGUUAUUUUUCUUAGUUUUACAUAAAGAAAAAAAAUAAUAAAAGCUUUUGAAGGCUGAGGGGUAAGAUCACAGCUGUUUGAACUCACGAGGAUUGAGGAGGUGAAAUUGGAUGUCUCACCUUUGAUUAAAAGUGUUUGUUUUUUCCCUGUCUGGAGGUCGCUUUUGGUGAAAUUGUGAAGAUGCUGUAAAUGCAAGUAUAUCUCCACGAGGCAAGCUUGUAUAUAAACAUCCACCUUGUGUGUUUGCUGCGUUCUCCCAAAAGUUCUCGAUAAAAUGGUUGUUCUUUUUUUCUUU